GUUUGUCUCUGGUUAAUCUGAUGAGCUUAAAGUCUUAAAUGGAAAUGCCCGAGUGUGUACAUGUGAACAGGCCUGUGUGUUUUUAUUGAUGCACUUAACACAGCCAUCUGUGCAAGCUGGCUAAGGGAGAGAGAGGGCAGAACCAAUCCGCAUUCCCAAACGGUCUUAUGCAUACCACGUUAGUAGCCACCUCAUCAACAGGUUAUAGGUAUCUUUGCUGCACUGUUUGAGCAUAAAUUUGGAGAGAAUGCCUGAAAUGACUGAGGAACUAGAAGUUAUCUAGCACAUACUGGAAAGAGAACAAAAGUCGAAGCUGAAGGACUGCAGAUAACUUUGCCUUCAAGACCGCCAGACUCCUGGAUUUACAAUUUUAUUUCUUGGCCUGAUUUGUUUUUCCUUGAAUCCUUAAAUCACUUUGAAUGCAACAAUGGGCUGUUCUCCAUCUAAAGGAAAGUUAUUUUCAAAGCCAGAAGGAUCUCCAAAAGCUUCUCUGGGUGAAGUACCACAGGAUGUUAAUAAUUGUAGACCUGUAGAAGUUGAGAAUACAUGUUUGAAAGCCGAAGUGACCGAAAAUGAACUUCCACUUCCGAAUGAAGGAUUUCAUAGCGAAGAGACUGAAUUAUUUCCAUUGGUCUCUGAUGCAAAGACUGUACCCAAUCUGCAGGACACCGAUGAAACAGAAGUAAACACGAUGCCCCAAGAAAUAAUCACCGAUGUUGAACAAACCAAAGGAAUUAAAAAGACAGCAAAGCAAAAAAGAAGUAAAGGCAAGAAAAGGUCUUUUGAGAAUCACAGGAAGUUCUGUCAUGUACAGACAAAGGUGGACUUCCCACCUCACAUGCUGAGAGCUCACCAGGCAGCCUAUAACUUUCUGAACCCAAACAUUUCCAAAUAUGAAACUCUUUUGGGUCUACUAGAUCAGGCUGCCCAGACAGAGCUGUCCCUCCAGCCCAUGAUGUCUGCUUUAGUAUUGCGCUUUGAGGAGAUCAACCAAGCACUAGAGGAUAUGGCUGAUGAGGGGGAGCUGAUGUUGAAGGAGCAUGGUGAAUACAUGACCUUACCUUCUGGGAUGAUUUGCUCAGCUAACCCUAGAAUGAAUACAACAUGUCAAACCGAUCCACCUCCAGAUCUUUUACAGCAACUACUCCAACAGUCAACUGAAAAGAUGAAGUUAGUGGGAGGAUCAGUCCAGGCACUAGGUGACACUACACUUGAGGAGGCAGUGGAAUAUUUUUCUUCUGUCUAUAAACUGCUAAAUAAGAAGCUGCAGACGAAGCAGAUGGCAGAGAAGAGGCUUUUUCAAGUGAUCGCACAAGUAGAAAGGGCAGCCAUGAGGAAGUUCAACUCAGAAGAUUCAACACUGCAUAGUGAGGAUAGUGGUAUCGGAGGAGAAAAUGAGAGUCUGACGGGUUCUGAAAGGCAUCGCCGGCAUCGUGGAAGUGCUGGAUCUGAAAGUUGGGGGUCUGGAGUCAACAUUCGGAGUGCAUUUGAUAGUCUCCCCAGUAAUUCGACCAACCUUGGAGACCAUAAUGAAGAUGAGGAUGAGGAUGAGGAUGAUUAUGAUGAUGAUGAUAAAGAGAAUGAAGAGGAGGAAAGUGAUACACGAGGAAGGAAGAGGUCAAACUCUUCCCCACCUGAUCCCAGUCAGGCCAUUCAUUAUAUGUUCACAAAUUACAAUCGAGAUCAGCAGGCAACAGUUAAACAACCGCUGAUUGAUCCUGUUAUUGCAAAGCCUGAACACCUUUCGUUAACUACGUGUGGAAUGACAGAAUUACAAAACAGCCAGUGGGUCUUGGAUGAUAGAAUAAAAAUGAUGGCUGAAAUACAAGGAAACAAGGAAUUACCAAGACCUCAUUGCAAGCUGGAUAGAGCUGAAGUAAGACGGCAUUCAUUAAAUGGAUUGUCAGGUUCACACAAAGGCAUUGUGAGACCAAAUAAGACAACUUGUUCUGUAACAAUCUUAGCAAACCAACCACCAAAACGCCACUCUGUCAGAAGGUUAAUUCAUACCUUUAGCAAAGUAGCUGAUGGGAGACCUGAGCAGAGUCUCACUAAUAUUCCACCUCAUAACAGGAUGCCCAGGAAAAGUGGCUUACUUCAGUUAUCUGACGUAGUAAAUGACAAGGAAAGUUCAGUCAACAGUGGCAACAACAACAACAGCUGGCCUGAUAGCAAGGACGAGCUGGAUAUGGACAACCUACCACCGCCCCCCCCAGAAGUUCUGAUGGACAAUUCCUUUCAGAGUACUCAGGUCCUAGCAGGAACUGAAGUGGGUUUGCAGAAACCUUUUAGUUCUCAAGUGAUAAACCCCAAGAUUGGAAUCUUCCAUCGCCUGAAGGCAUCUAUCCACAAUGUAGAAGUGUUACCAAACCGAGCAUGUAUGAGGCCAAGGUCGAUUGCUAUCUCUCCUGCCCAUCCUGUUACACAGGAUGGUGUUACGGGCACUCAGGAUGCAGAUCAGCUGCAAUCAGAAACAGAUCUGAACCUGGAAAUUAAGAAGGCUAAUAAUCUCUACCAAAAGGCAUGUAAGAUUAUUCACCUGCGUGAUGCAGCAGAAUCUUCUGAUAAGAGAAAUCUUGUUGAACCAGGCAUCAGGGCAACUUCUCCUCUUCAACUCACAAUAGAUCGGAAAUAUAACAGCAAUGAAUUUUAUGAGGGUGAAUUAUCCUCUUGCAGUCUGACUGUGAUAGCACCACCUGUAUCUAGAGUCCGCCUUCCACCAUCUUGUCCUAGUACAUGCAAAAGAUUUCCAAGUCCCCCUGUAAUUAGACCUCAGUCUACAUCUAGGCACUCCUCUCGUCCUAGUUCUCCCAGAACAGUGACACGCUGUAUAGAUAACAAGACAGAAGAAAUCAUUCCAUCUGUAUCCUUUCGCGACGCACGCUCUGUUUUCUGUCAAAAUGAGUUUCAAAACUUGAAGACCUGUUUGCCCCCUGAAAGGUCUGCGCUUCCCAGACAAGGGGGAGAGGUCUCCCGAGGAAGACUACUGACCAGAGCAACAGACACCUCUACUCGUCGCACCCAAUCAGACCAUAGGCCUAGUGGGACUCUUCAUUCAGAGUUUCUAAAGGAUGCCAGUUUGGCCUCUAUGCAGGAGAAAGGGAGUAACCUAUUGCCACAAAAUACAGGCUAGGAAGCCUUCCGAUGACAGGAGAUGAUGACACCCUAAAGUCCAGCUGUGAAUGGCCAGGGUUUCUAAAGUAAAAUAUGAGUCGGGAAGAGAAUAAUGAAAGAAGUUGUAUAUUAGCAGGGACUGGGUUUUUUUUUUCUCUUUUCCAGUUAGACUUUUUUUUUUUUAAAGACUGCAGUAAUACAUGUAAUUAAGGAUUAAAGCAUUUUUCUACUCUAUACUGAACCCUGAGUGAUAAACCUCAAAUAGUUUUAAAGAUACAUGUAUUAUAUGUGUUUUGUUAAAACAACUAUACUUUUAAAUCCCUCACAAUCAGGGAGUUGUUUUGGGGUUCAAUAUCAAAAUAAUGUAAUUUACAUGAUCAUUAAAUGUACUCAUUUGUUGUUGUUUUUUUAAAUAAAUGGAUUCAAUGUUGUGUUUGGGUGAUUUAAUGAUGUUUUCUAUAUCUAAAUAAAAUAGGAGAAUCAAAACCAAAUUCAUCUUUCAAAAAGAAAUCUUAAGGGAAAGUUGAAAAGGACUGAUAUCCUGUUUUGCAAAUAAAGAGCAAUAUGUCAAGAUGACUUGCCUGUGUACACCAAGCUACACAUACAGUUGUGGGCAGAUGUUUACAUUCACCCAUGACGGGCAUAAAUGUCAUGGAAAUUUGGGGCUUUAAAUUAUAUCUUUAAACUGUUCUUUUUUCAGGUUGGAAUGAAUGGAAUUAUUUUGGAUCUUCUGUAAUCCACACAGGGUCGAAAUCAUACAUAUAGCAUGGAUACAUACAUAAAUAUAUGUAUACAUACAUGACAAGCUCAACGCCUAAUAACUUCUAGUUAGUGAUCAUGAUUGUCUAAAAUUAGCUGAUGCUCUUGUUAGCAUUAAAAGGAUUUAACUGACCACAUUAGUUGGACUAACCAAUACUCAGAUUAACAGCAAAGUCCAAGGAACUCAACGAAGAUCUAGGAAUUUGAUUUGUCAGUUGCUAAUUUGGCUCAUGGGCUGACCAAGUGACCCAGCAGCCUGGGUUUGGGUCUGACCUGAGGCCCUUGCUAUGUGUAUUACAUUACUCUUUGCCCCUGCUUUAUUGUCCACUCUACUGCAAAAAUCCCUCUCAACAAUGUGAAGAGUAGAUUGGCACAAGUUCGGAAGCUUGGUUGCUGGAUCCAUUCCGAAACAACUGAAGAUUCCAAGAUCUUCUGUUCAAACAACUGCACAUAAGUACAAGUUAUUCUGAUGUGUUACCGUGUUGCCAAGGUAUGGAAGAAUACCCCAACUGUUAGAUGAGAGGAAAUUAGUUAGGAUGUUCAGGAAUAAGGCAGAAACCUCCAAGGCUCAAGUCUGCUAUGAACUAAAAACUGCAGGAACCUAAGCACCACUGUCCACAGCAAGUUGGUUGCUGAAAUUAGUUUUCCCAACAUGUCACUGUUGUAGUGGGGCACUGAUCAGUGAGACACCGCUAGUAAACCUUUUGCAUGUGUGGGGGUUCUCAGCCAGAGCUGCAUGGACUCCACACUGGGAUGAGGAGAGGCCUGUUGUUGCUGUGUGUCACUGAUUUUUCUGCUGCAUUCUGUCUUUUAGAAAAUAAAUCCAGUUUUCCAACCAGUCUCUGUCUGUCAUCACAAUGCAGUCUUCCAUUUGAAAUCUUCUACACAGAGGAGGGAUAUGGUAAAUGAACUGGUUAAUCUACUCUACCUAAGGACGUUUUUAAUGCUUUUUCUACACAAGUGUUUGGAGAGCAACCUGUGGUUAGGUAUCAUGCCCAAGGAUAUGCAGACUGGAGCAGCCAGGAAUUGAACCACUGACCAUUUGAUUAGUAGCUGACCUGCUCUACUUCCUGAACUGCAGCCAACUCAUGUAUAAGUAUUGGACAAAGGAUGUUGAAGAUGGAAGGAAGAAACGAGGAACUUCCGAGAAGAUUCAUGGAUUUAAUGCAGGAAGAUCAGAGCGACAGAAGAUGAUAUUAGGGAUAGGAUGAGAUGGAGGCAUAUGAUGUACUGGUUUAACCUCUUAAUGAAGCAGCCAAAAGAAAAAGAAGAAACGAAAUCCACAGUGAGUCUGGCUUGACAAAAUCAGAGAUUUUGAGGGUGUUUUAUUUGAACCUACUCUCGCAAACUAAUUUUCGCUAAGUAGCAGGAACUCACAUGACAAGCUGCCAUCACAACAAC